AUGGAGGAAGAACAAGCGGCACAUCACUUGUUGAAUGUACUGGAAGAGCGAAGUCUCAAUGUUGAUUUGGACAAGAUACUUUCUGGCUUCGAGGAUGAGCAGACAAGACGAGAAGCUGCAGCUUGGGUCGAAGAGUACCUUCAUGAGGAGACCCUAUUAACAAAAGAAGAGUUGGACCUCUAUCAUACUCUACGGAAGAAGGGUCUGCUGCAUCAGUACGAGAGUGAGGGUGAGCCUGUCCGGCCCAUGUUGGAUCACGAGAUCGCCUGUGCUAUUGAAUCUCUGCAAAGCUCCACAGCUGCUAUUGAGGAGCAGUGCAAGGUCUUGGAAGCCCAGAAAGAUGCAUUGGUCAAGUUGAAAGCUCUCGACAAGCCCAAUCCCGACGUCGAGCAUGCCAGGAACGAACGCAAGAGAAAGGAGGGGCAAGAGAAAUCCAGACUGGAUGUUUCUGUGGACGACGUGGUUUCAUCAUUGAAAGAGCAGUUGACUGAGACGAGGCGAGAGAUUGAUACUGAAAAGACAGCACUGAAAACCUAUCUCUCAGAACGGUUCUCAUCCGAUGAUCAGAUCUUGAGCCGACUGCCAGGACUCGUUUCCAAGAUUUUGAAUGCGUCUGAAGUCAGUGAAGACGAGAAGUCUAUUGAGCAAUGGUGCAAAGCCAUCAUCUCUUUUCGCACGGCGGAAAUCAAAGCUCGAGUCGACACGGUUUACCUCAACGGCCUCGCACAGCCAUUAUCGAGCGAGCGGUCGGCUACGCCAGAUGAAGAGUUCGAGGAACGAAAAGCAGCACUGCAAGCGGAAAUGGAAGAGCUACAUUCGGAGAUUGCUUCUAUUGCAGAGAUGGUGGUCGAACAUGAGGUUCGACAGCCCAUGGUUGAAACACGGGAUCGCAACAAGAGAGACAGAGUGCAAGCUAGAACAGCAUGGCUACAAUACAUACUGGCCACGGUUGAAUACAUGGGCAAACGUCUCGACAUUUUACAUGACGGGACAAGAGCCAACGACGAGUUUCAACAAGCGCUCGCUCCCAUCCAGGAAGCUGCAGAGAAGCGCAUGCCCGCCAUGGCCAUUGCGACUCCAACGCCUUGCAUUACAAGAAUGGCAUCCAAUCCCUUGGCUUUCACGCCGUUGGUGAAGCUCAGGCCUUCCCAAGCACUUGAUCUGCCCGUGACACUGCAAGAUGCGCUUCGAUAUGCAGGCAUCUCUCUUCACCAUGAGAGCAUGGAGACGCUUGAGGAUUCUCUGCAGCAGACUCGUGUGGAACGAACGGACAAGCUGAAGGACCAUUACGAGUCGACCGCCACCUCCACGCAUGAGAGGCUGGCGGAUCGAUGCAAUCGAGCUGAUGCGGACCUGGAGGUGAUUACGAGCGCGUUGUACAAGCACAGUCCGUUUGCGCAGGUCCAUCUGACGAGUGCGAGACUUCAGGGCCAAUUGAUGCGGAUGGAAGAGGAACUGGAACGCAGAGAUGGCGAACUUGUCGAGGCGCAAGGCAACGAGUUGAGCCUCAGCGAUGCCAAGGUUCGGGCUUUCAUCGCAAAGUACGGCGGCAGGUAG